AUGAAAGAUGGGAAAGAUGCGUACUCUCCCGAUACGGAUCGUUACAACACCUCAGCCUUUUACCACGCCAACAGCAAGGAUCGACAAAAUGUGUUGCCAACCAAGGGCGGGCACUUCAUCAAGGAGGAUCCCUAUGCGUUCGACUCGUCCUUCUUCAAGCUGUCAGCCGCAGAAGCAUCCGUGCUCGACCCCAAGCAGCGCAUCUUGCUCGAGGUGACGUACGAGGCCCUCGAGAACGCCGGGCUUCCACCGCCCCGGGUGGCGGGCACGCGGACGGCGUGCAUCAUCGGUACGGCCUGGAGCGACUACCGCGACGCCAUCGUGCGCGACUUUGAGCACUGGCCCCGGCUCUACCUGAUGGGCGUCAGCGACGAGAUGGUCAGCAACCGCCUGUCGCACUUCUUCGACCUGCGCGGCCCGAGCAUGACGGUCGAGACGGCGUGCUCGUCGAGCCUCGUGGCUAUUCACCAGGCGUGCGAGAGCCUGCGGUCCGGCCAGGCGGAGAUGGCUGUCGCAGGCGGGAUCAAUAUGACACUCUCACCCGAGGCAACCAUGGAACUUAGUAGCUUAGGGGUGCUCAAUCCGGAUGGGCGAUCGCUCUCGUUUGACGAGCAGGCGAAUGGGUAUGGAAGGGCCGAGGGCUGCGGUAUUAUCGUGCUCAAGCCGCUGGACCAGGCUAUUCGCGAUGGGAACCAUAUCCGUGCCGUCAUCCGCGGUAGCGGUGUCAACUCGGACGGGUGGACCAAAACAAUUUCGACACCGUCCGGCUCCGCCCAGGCCGAGCUGAUCCGUGUUGUCUACGAGUCCAACGGGCUGGAUUAUGACGCGACACAGUACGUGGAAGCGCACGGGACGGGUACCAAAGUCGGAGAUCCUAUCGAGCUGGAGGCGAUUCAUAACACCAUUGGUCGAGGCACGAACGAGUCUCGUAAACUGUAUGUGGGCAGCGUCAAGGCGAACAUAGGCCAUCUCGAGCCUGCCGCGGGUGUAGCGGGCAUCAUCAAGGGCGUUCUGUCGCUGGAGCACGGCAUGCUUCCGCCCAACGUGCACUUCCACAAGGCCAACCAUGCUAUUCCCUUUGACAAAUGGAACAUGGUCGUCCCGACAUCGCUAACUCCCUGGCCCGCGGCCGAGAGUGAGACCAAACGCAUGAGCGUGAGCAGCUUCGGCAUGGGAGGGACGAAUGCGCAUCUCGUCCUCGAGGAAUACCGACAACCACCUUCGUCUGCCCCCACACCUGUACAGAAUACCUCUACCAUAAAGGUCAACAGGAAAAGGCUAUUCGUCUUCAGCAGUAACGACCAGGCUGGUAUCAAACGAGUUUGUGACUCGCUCGUAAGGCACAUCCAAAACGUCCGGCUCGAAAACCCGACGUGGACGGCGGACCAGGGCGAGCCGGAGUACCUCGGUAGGCUCGCGCACACCCUUGACACCGCACGAUCCAGCCUGGGCUGGAAGGGAAGCUGCGUGGCGAGCAGCCUAUCCCAGCUGCAGCAACAGCUGGAGCUCGCCGCCCGACCCGAAGAGGCCAGCGCGGCGGUGAAGGUUUCGCGUGCGAGCCGAGAACCACGAGUCGCCUUUGUCUUUACGGGUCAGGGCGCCCAGUGGGCCGGGAUGGGCAUCCAGCUUCUUGAACGACCGGUGUUCCGGGACUCUGUAGCCAAGUCGGCCGCCAUCCUCGGCAGCCUCGGAUGCCCAUGGGAUCCUGUCGACGAGCUUUCCAAGACGGGCGAUGAGUCGCGACUUUCCGCGCCCGAGAUCAGCCAACCGAUCUGCACGGUGCUGCAGAUCGCCCUCGUGGAUGAGAUUCGCUCAUGGGGCAGCUCCCGCCUUAGCACGCCGGCCAAGGUCGUCGGCCACUCGAGCGGAGAAAUUGCCGCUGCUUAUUGCAUGGGGGCCUUGACGCACCAGGAUGCCAUCGUGGUGGCCUACUCCCGAGGCACGGCUUCGGCCAUGCUGCCGGCCGUCGCUCCGCACUUGGACGGUGCUAUGAUGGCUGCGUCAUGUUCGCGCGAGACGGCCGAGGGCCUCAUAGCGGAUCUCGGACUGGUCGACAAGCUGACGGUCGCCUGCGUGAACGCCCCCGCCAGCAUCACCCUCUCCGGGGACUCGACGGCCAUCGAUGCCAUGGCUUCUGCGCUCCAGCAACGGGAAACCUGGUGCCGGAGGCUCAAGGUGCAAGUUGCCUAUCACUCGUCCCAUGUGGCGACUGUUUCCGGUGAAUACUACCAAUCCAUGGAGAGCAUCGAGCCUGUCAAGCCCGUGGCUGAGGACGGAACGCGCAUGAUGUCGAGCGUGCUGGGGGAGGAGGUUUCGUGUGAACAAAUGGGCCCUUUCUACUGGUUGCAGAACUUCGUGUCGCCAGUGCUGUUCUCGGAUGCCUUGAAGGAACUGGUACAGCCAGCGGACACAACCGAGCCAGAGAUUGACCUGCUCGUCGAGAUAGGGCCGCAUAGCACCUUGGGCGGACCCAUCGAGCAGAUCCUGUCACACCACGGCGUGCAGAAUGUGGCGUAUCAAUCUGUUCUCCGACGUGGUGCCGACGCGAUCGAGACGAGCCUGCAGCUGGUCCAAGAGCUCUUCCACCAAGGCUUCUCCUUGGACAUGGCCAAGGUCAACGGCGAUCUGAAUCUGCAGUCGGGACCUGGACUCCUGACGGAUCUGCCUCCGUAUCCCUGGAUGCAUGAGCACAAGUACAACGCCUAUCCGCGUGUGCAGAAGGAACGUUGGCACCGCGACGCACCGAUGAAGAGUCUACUGGGGGCACCGACGCCCACCAUGCAGGAAAGGCAACGCGUAUGGCGUGGCUUUAUCCGGCUCGACGACGAGCCCUGGUUGCGCGGCCACACGGUCGGCGACACGGUCGUUUUCCCCGCGGCCGGGAUGAUCAGCACCGUGCUCGAGGCAGCCCAGCAACUGGCUGAGCCGGGCAAGGCCAUCCAUGCCCUGCGACUGCGCGACGUGUCGGUCAUGGCAGCCUUGUCCAUCCUCGAGGGCGUGGCCACCGAGGUGGUGGUCACCAUGUCCAGGUCUGGAGGCCAGGCAGGUCCGUGGUGGGACUUUACCGUGUCGUCGGCCAACACCAGCACCAGCCAGCUGCGAGACAACUGCCGCGGCCUCAUCACGAUCGACUAUGCGCCCGGCAGGAGUGAGCACAUGGUCCGCGAGGACGGGCACAUCCGCGACCAGAGGAUAACACAGUACCGGGACAUCGACACCGGCUUCAAGUACGGCGACGUCUUCCAGGGUGUCGAGAAUCUGCAUGUGGACUCGGGCAAGACGUACUUUGAUCUCCGCAUCACCGACAUUGGCAAGACGUUCGGCCAGGGCCAGUCACAGCAGCCGGGCAAGAGGCCGUUUCUGAUUCACGCGGCCACGCUCGACGCCAUCUUCCAGUGCUGGGUCGGCGCCACCUUUCGUGACGGCGUCCUGGGCCUGAAGCCGUUUGCCCCGACUUAUCUGGGCGCCAUGGAGAUCGCCAUGGACGUCCCGGGCAACCCCGAUGACCUCAUGGCCGGGUUCAGCACCAACAAACGCCACGGGUUCCACGAGCAGACAAAUGACAUGUUCCUCUUUGAUAAGGAGCUCUCCAGAAUGCACAUCUCCGUCACCGACUUCCGCAUUUCCGAGCUCGAUGUUGCAGGGGGCGGUGGUGCUGGGCAGGAUGGGCAGGAUCUUGAUAAUGACAUCGGUCGUGUUCUCGACGGGCCCGGAGCGUCGGUCACGUACGAGACUCGGUGGGACUAUGCUUUGAGUCUUUUGGAAGAAGCACAUCUGGCCAAGGUUGUCCGCACAGUCGAAGGAGGACCGCCUCAGCCUGAGGGCGCGCUGGCUCAGCUUCUCGGCAUGCUACUUCAUGAGAAGCCUGCGGCGGCAGUCGUCGAGCUGGUUUUGAAUCGCAAGGGUCUUCGCCGCUCGGCCGUGGACAGGGCCCUUGGUAAGCACGGUUUGCUGCCAGAGGGGGCGGUUCCAACUUCCAAUAUCCGGUACGCUCUGGUAGACAACACAGACGGUUCAGGUAUUGCCGAUGGUGACGAGGAGGAUGGGGCUUCUGCCGUGGACAUCCUCGGUGAGCCACUGCUACUCCAACAGGCCGUCAAGGACGCUUUGUCUGCGGACCUCCUGGUCGUUCCGCCACAACUCCUCCAUGACUUGGCAGACAAGGACAAGGACGGGGACAAGAACCUCCUGGAUACUUUCGUCCACCUUGCCAAGCCGGGUGCAGCACUCGUCCUCGCUCCCAAGAACCGUGAGAACUACGCAGCAGCAGCGUCCCUGCUUGGGUCCAGGGGUUGGCGAGCCCAGUCGGUAGUUCCCGGCGCAGAAGACGAUGGGGCUGUUGUGGCCGUGUUUCGAUUUGAAAAGGCGCAACGAGAACAAAGCAACGAGACACAAUCCGCCGACAACUUCAUCAUUGUUGAAGCAUCCACACCUUCACUUAUUGUCCAAGAUUUCUCCAGAAUGCUAAAGGAUGAAUUGGUUGGGCAUGGGAAAACCAUCUCGGUAGCAAGUUGGCACGAUGAGCUCACCGAGUCGGCCUCGGCCGGUUCUGCCAUCAUAUCUUUGCUGGAGCUCGAGCAGCCCGUACUACACGACAUGUCGGAGCGUGAUUUCAACGCCCUUAGAAGACUGGUGUUGCAGAGCGAGCGGAUCCUGUGGGUCACAGGCGGCGACGACCCGUCCUUUCACGUCGUCGACGGCUUCGCACGAACCAUGUCCAGCGAGACGGCCAGUCUGCGAUUCCAGACCCUCCAUGUCGACAGCCCCGAUGCCGACGGGCUAGCCAAUGUACCGUUGCUCGCGGGUCGGGUCCUCAUGAGCGAUCGUAGUACCUGUCCGGACAACGAGUUUCGCGUGGUGCAGGGCAUGCUCCAGACGGCCCGGGUGUACAAGAGCCACGCGGGCGAGAGGCGCAUCGCUCGCCACCUCAAAGACGCCACGCGUGUCGUGUCCCUGGCGCAGGAGAAGGCAAGGGGCCCCCUUCGACUGGCUAUUGGCAGGCCCGGGCUGCUGGACACGCUGCACUUUGUCAGGGACGAACGGGCGCUCCAACCACUCGGCGACACGCAUGUGGAGAUCCAGGUGCACGCUUCGAGCAUUAACUUCAAAGACAUCAUGGGAGCCAUGGGCCUGGUCCCGGUGCCGAUGCUAGGCCUCGAAGCCAGCGGCGUCGUUGUCCGGACGGGCCAGGCAGUAACUCGUUUCCAGCCCGGUGACCGAGUUGCCGCACACGCGUACGGAAGCCAUGCCACCGUCGUUCGAACCCCCCAGGAGGUCGUGCACAGACUGCCCGACUCGAUCACAUUUGAGGAGGGCGCCGCCAUCAACCUGGUCCACGUCACGGCCUACUAUGCGCUUGUUCGGCUGGCCAGGCUACGAAGAGGCCAGUCCGUCUUGAUCCACGCAGCUGCCGGUGGGGUGGGACAAGCAGCCAUCCAGCUUGCCACGUAUCUAGGCCUGGUCAUCUACGUGACGGUCGGGUCCGAGAGCAAACGAAGGCUCAUGACGGAACGGUUCCAGAUCCCGCCGGAGCACAUCUUCUACUCGCGCGACCUCAGCUUCGUCAGGGGCAUUGAGCGCAUCACUGAUGGCCGCGGUGUCGACUGCAUCUUGAACUCGCUUGCCGACGAGCUGCUCCGGGCCUCGUGGGACUCGAGCUGCCUGGCGCCGUUCGGGACCUUUGUCGAGAUCGGCCUCCGCGAUAUCACGGCCAACUCGCAGCUAGACAUGAGGCCCUUUGUCAAGAACGCCACGUUUGCCUUCUGCGACAUCCUGAACUACCCGCUCGAGGACCUCGGAUCGGUCCUCGCCGAGGUCUACCAGCUUGUCGAACAGGGCCACCUAUCGCCCGCCUUCCCCCUGAAAGCGUACCAGGCCGGCCAGGUCGAGGACGUGUUCCGCAUCAUGCAGCAGGGCAAGCACACCGGCAAGGCCGUCCUGUCCUUCGCCGGCGCUGACGACGACGACGACGACGACGACGACAACAACAACAACAACGCGCGAGCACCCGUUUUCCAGCGGGCGGGUGACCUAUUCCGCCUCGAGCCCGCUGCCACGUACCUCCUGGUCGGCGGCAUGGGCGGCCUGGGGCGCAGUCUCGCGCGAAGCUUCGCCGCCGCCGGAGCCCGCAACAUCGCCUUCCUCUCGCGCUCGGGUGACAGGACGGACGAGGCCCAGGCGCUGAUGGCGGAGCUUGCGGCGCGUGGCGUCACUGUCCGGCCGUACCGGGCCGACAUCACCAACGCCGCCUCGCUCCGCUCCGCUCUGUCGCAGUGCGAGCAGGAGCUCCCGCCCGUGCGGGGCGUGGUGCAGCUGGCCAUGGUGCUGCGCGAUGUGGUGUUCGAGAAGAUGACAUACGAGCAGUGGACAGACCCGUUGCGGCCAAGGUACAGGGAUCGCGCCGCGUACGCAGCCGGCAAUGCGUACCAAGAUGCACUGGCGGCGUACCGGCGUGCGCACGGGCUGAGGGCUGUGGCUAUCGACUUGGGUAUCAUGCGUGAUGUCGGUGUGCUGGCGGAGAAGAGGGCGGAGAGUGGCGUGCUCGGCCAGUGGGAGGACGCAGUCGGUAUUCCAGAGCCUGUCUUUCACGCUCUUGUCAAGAGCAUUAUCCACAGCCAGCAGGAGGGCGAAGACGUCCCUGCACAGGUGGUCACGGGCCUGGGCUCGGCGGACGUCUGGGCCGCCAAUCAUCUCCCUCUGCCGUACUACUUUGCGGACGAGCGCUUUAGCGCCUUGGCGGUGGCCACGGGCGCAGGUGGUGACGGGCAACACCAGGCCGGGACAACCGCCACGGUGUCGCUUGCUUCGCAGCUUGCGGGCGUUCCCAGCAUGGAGCAGGCCGCCCAGGUCGUGACCGAGGCGCUGGUCAAGCGGACGGCCGAGAUCCUGCAGAUGCCCCCGUCCGAGGUGGACCCGGCACAGCCGCUGUACCGUUACGGUGUCGAUUCACUGACAGCCAUCGAGGUGCGUAACUGGAUCUCGCGGGAGCUCAAGGCGAAUAUAGCCUUGCUGGAAAUUGUGUCGGCCGUGCCAAUCAAGGAGUUUGCAGCCAAGAUUGCGGAGAAAAGCCAUCCAACCAAGAUGUUCAGCAGCGUUGACAUUAGGCCGGAGGACGGAAUUGUCAACCAGCUGAAAGCGCACGGCGUAGAGCCCCGCCAUCUCCAGGCAAUCGUCCUGAGUCACCUCGCGCCAGACGUCCCCGUCUACGUGAGCGCCGAGCAUUGGGCUGCUUUUGGCAACAGCCCCAUCCACGCGACAUUAUCCGGCUGUGUCCCACAACACUGGCCGGAAGGAUUCCAGCCCACUCUGAUCGACUUUUCGGGCAGCUCCAUUGGCCCCUGGGAGCACUCGGGAAAAAUCACGGCCGAUGGGACUAUCGUUGCGGUGCACACCCCUGGCCAUGUCCCAGGCCACAUUUCGUUGGUCGUGUACGGCGAUGAUGAUGGCACCAGCACGACAUAUUGUUUGCUUAGGGACGCGAGUUAUGGAUUGGAUUUGCUGGAUGAGGAGGAGCCCGACGGUAUUAAUAACGACCCUGUUUCAGCGUUGGAAAGCUUAAGGAAGAUCAAAUCAUUUGCUUAA